GGUAGGCUGCUCCUUUCCUCCCGGUUGGACUCGCUAGGCUGUCACAUUUUUGAGAUCAUGGCAACCCCGGAUGUCGCCCCUCAUUUUGGGGCGGAGUUGAAGGAUGCAUUUAAACCAGUCAACAAUUGGGUUUCGAAUGGUAUCGGAUGGCUGGACGAGAUCCAACAGUUCUACCGAGAGCGCAGUGCGAUCGAAAAGGAGUAUGCGGCCAAGUUGACGGCGCUAUGCAAGAAAUACUACGACCGCAAAGCCAAGAAAAUUAGCAGCCUGAGUGUUGGAGAUACCCCUAGCAUGACCCCCGGCUCCCUCGAAAGCGCCUCGCUUACCACUUGGUCCACGCAAUUGAGCGCCGUUGAAUCGCAUGCCGCAGAACGAGAUCAAUUCGGUACAGACCUGCUCACUCACGUCGCAGAGCCGCUCAAGCACGCUGCGAACCAGUACGAGGAACUCCGGAAGUGCCAUGUCGACUUCCACGCAAAACUAGAAAAGGAGAGAGACUCCUCGUACGGCGAUCUGAAGAAGGCCAAGGGCAAAUAUGACGGAGCAUGUCAGGAGGUGGAAGCCCGGCGCAAGAAGAUGGAGGGCUCGUUCGACCACAGCAAACCAAAGGCUCAGGCGGCAUACCAGCAACAAAUUUUAGAGAUGAACAACGUCAAGAACACAUACCUCAUCAGCAUCAAUGUGACCAACAAGAUGAAGGAGCGCUUCUACCACGAAUACGUGCCGGAACUACUUGAUGGCCUCCAAGACCUCAACGAAACGCGUGUCACGAAGUUGAAUUCGCUCUGGUCGCUCGCCGCACAGCUAGAAAAGAAUUCGCUCUCUAAAAGUAUGGACCAUAUGGCGAACCUCAUGAACGAGAUCCCGCGCAACGUUCCCCAUCUGGACUCGCUCAUGUUCCUGCGCCACAAUGUCACACAAUCCCAGGAGCCAGCCAAUGUGGGCUUCGAGCCGAGCCCGAUCUGGCAUGACGACGACGCUCUCGUCACGGACGAGGCCGCCAAGGUCUUCCUGCGCAAUCUCCUGAGCAAGAGCAAAACCCAGGUGCGGGAAUUGAGGGUUGAAACGGAUCAGAAGCGACGCGAGGUGGAAGCAGCCAAACGGGUCCGGGAGAAUAUCCAGCAAGGCAAGGAUAAGCGCAACGAAGUGGAGGUGGUCCGGUCCAUAUUCUUCCAGCAGGAGGCACUGCACGAAUGCGAUCGCAGGCGCCUAACCGCGGAGGUUGAAACCUCGACCAUCAUGGCGGUGGUGGGUGAUCUUUCCCUCGGGGCCCGCAACCACAACUUCAAGUCGCAGACGUUCAAGAUCCCGACCAACUGCGAUCUCUGUGGAGAACGGAUAUGGGGCCUGUCCGCGAAGGGCUUCGACUGCCGGGACUGUGGCUACACAUGCCACAGCAAAUGUGAAAUGAAGGUCCCGGCGGAGUGUCCGGGCGAGCAAUCCAAGGAGGAAAAGAAGAAGCUGAAAGCCGAGCGACAAGAACAGGCCAACGCGGCCCCAGCACCACUCGAUCUAGAACCAACCACAACGUCGUCUACCGCGCCCUCGCUCACCCGCAAAGACACCAUGAACUCCCUAAGCUCAGGGUAUGCCGUCAGUGCCAACCGAUCGAUGUCGAAUGCCACCAGCCAGUCUCCUGCCUCUCCGGCCGAGCUUCCCACGCCAGUUGCAGAGACGAAGCCCGCGCCAGUGCGGAAGAACAGAGUCCUGGCCCCACCGCCCGCACAGUACAUCAGCAGUCCACCAGCGAGUGACUCGACCCCUGCGCUAAGCUCCCCUGCCAAGACCAGCGAACAGCACGGCAAGAUGCUAUACGCAUAUCAAGCGGGCGGCGCCGACGAGGUCGACGUCCAAGAAGGUGACGACAUUGUUAUCCUCGAACCAGACGACGGAUCCGGUUGGAUGCGCGUCCGGGCCGGUGCCGACGAAGGUCUCGUCCCCGCCUCGUAUGUCGAGAUCGGACCGGCUCCCUCACCCGUGCCAUCCGCCAGUCCGGGCUUCGCGACCGACCGCCCGGGGUCAACCUACUCCAACUCGUCCGCCUCCCUGACAGGCGGCAGCGCAGCGAAUAAACGUAUCGGCCCGGCCGUGGCGCCCCGGCGCGGCGCCAAGAAACUCCAAUACGUGGAAGCGAUGUACGACUACGAAGCGCGCAGCGACAUGGAAUGGAGCAUGACGGAGGGCGACCGAUUCGUGCUGGUCAAUCGCGACGGCGGAGACGGCUGGGCGGAUGUCGAACGCGGCGGCGUGACCAAGAGUGUUCCGGCCAACUAUAUCCAGGAAGUGUAGUCCCUACUACCACCACCACCACCUCUUCCUCCUCCUCCUCCUCCUCCUCCUCCUACAAUCCUACCUACUCCCUCCUACCUUGGUAUCCUGGUUGUAUUGCAUACAGCAUACAUACACUGUUCCUUUCCUCUUUUCUUUUCUUAUCUUCUCACAACUCAUCCAUGAGACUUUUCCUUCGUCAUUGCAUCGGGAGCAUGGGGUGCUGGUUGGUUUGCUUUGGUUUGUUUGUCUUGUCUUUUCUUUGUUCUAUUUUAUCUUGGCUUCUGGCUUUGGCUUUGGCUUGGCUAUACAUUCUUAAGUAUUCAUACAUACCUUGGUAGGUUGGAUCAAGCAGGUGGAUUAUUCGUGCUGCUGGUUAGAUAGCUGUCCCGGACGCGCUAGCACAUAGCAUGGCAUGACAUGCAUGGCACAGGAAUGGGGAUGCAAAUGGGGAUGGAUUCUUGUACAUAGGAUUGAUGGAUUUCGCGUGUUGUGAAUAUGUCAG